GCCCAUUCGGAGGCGAGCAAACGUUUAAAUGACCCUCCCGGUUAGAUAAUGAUUUUGAGCUUCGCCGGUAACCGGUUAACCUGGAGUUGCAUCCCGACAGUGUCCUCGAAGACGAUGGAGGAGAAUGAUCGAGAGACGUAUCAUCGAUUCAUCGCUGCUCUGAAGGGUCCGGAGAAGUUGACCAUACCUUCGGAGACCCUUUAUGGCGCCAUCAAUCAUUAUCUCACCACUUUGUCUAAUGACAAUCUCCUCGAGUUCGUUGACACUCUAGUACAGUCUGACAAGUUGUGGAAUGCCAAUGAUCCGUCUGGUAUCAGAGAGGCAUUUCGACUGGCGUCUGCCGCGAAGCUGUUGGCACUGAAGCAAUCAUUCUCGUCUGCAUGGCUCAAGCAAGCUCGCAUCAAUCGACAGCUACGGCAAUGGGGUGACACGCUGGCUCAUUGCUUACUCGAGGCGAGCUCGACAGAACGAAGAACACAGUGCAUGAUUGGACUUCUGCGAGGUUUCGAUGGGGACGAAGUGUGUGAGGUCUUCAGUGAGAGCUCGUGUAGAACUCAAAUCGAGGAAGAAAUCGUUCUGCUUCUGGCAAAAAUGGGCGCGGAUCCUUCGGAGGAUGCAAACUUGUUCGUGUCAGAUCUGGGAGAAGUGGUCGACAUUCUGCGUUCGGAGCGCCUCAAGGCAUUGAAUCCGAGAGGCAUUCUGACAGAACAACGUCAGAGCUGGCUACGAGAUAUAGGGUCUCAAGCCCCGUCUGGGGCCGACACAAUCGCCCGAGGCAAGAUCAUCUCAAGAUGUUUCACGAUAUUGGAUCACGGGGGGCCUUCGAGUCGAGAGUAUGCGUGGGGGGAGAUCAGAACUCUACUAAGCGAUCUGAUUAGCAUCUCGAGCGAUUCGGAGCGCAAAACGCCCUUCAAUUCAGAGACAUUGGAGGCAUUUGUCCACAUCUCCCAAUCCGUCCUCGACUCUGUACAGAGAUCCAAGCCUCUACUAGAUGAUCAGACAUCGCCUGAUCCUACAGUCCAAACAAUGGCGGAUAUACUUGUAAUAUUGUCCGAUAUUUCGUCAACUGGGCGUAAAGAAUCCAGGUACAGCCUCGACACGACGAUCCUUCAGAUUCUGGACGUAGUCUCCGCCAAGGCGAACACGAGCGAGGUACAUAACCUCUUCUCGAGAAUACUCCACGGCGACGAGAACCCGGAUCGAGGAGCAUUCGUGCUUGUGGUCGCACAACAACUGAUUCAUCAAAUAUCUGAGCGAACCUUUCGGAAAAUUCUUCUUCCUCUAUGUAAUCUAUACAUCCAAAAGCCCGAAUAUCCACAGUCUUUCGAAGCCGCUCAUGCCUACAUGGUCGCAGUUUUCGAAGCUUUGCAGAAAGAGGGUGCUGAGGAAUUCGACGGACGGAUGAACAUGGUCUCUCAUUUGGCGCCGGAUCAUGCGGAACUGCUGCUCGAGCAAAGCAAACGAGGCCAUUUGACGGACUCUGAGCUCGUGAGGUCUUUCUCUACUGUCUGUGUGGCCGCCGCGAGGUAUGAUCCCGCGAUACUGGACCAUUGUGUGGCUCUCUUGGACCUCGCAGCGAUUGAUGCCGCCAGUCCGUUCGAUCAUACGCUCCGAUUACUGAGAAUUGCUGUCUCGAUCGGUAUGCCAGUAGACUCGCUCGACGCGCAUCUAGACGCUAUUAGAGAUGUCAUCUUGGCUUUGCCCCCCGCGGACCAUGAACGCUCUGAAUUGGUAAGAGCGUUGUUCAAUACGAUCAUGCGUGACCUGUCGGACCAUACGAAGCGUAGGGGCAUUGAAUGGUGGCUGAGAUAUCAACACGAGCUGCGAGGAGGUGAUCCGGGCGACGCACUGCGUGCCAAGUUGUAAACGAACGCAGCGAUGUAUGGAAGCCUUGCCCGA